AUGCCCAACAAAUUCGAGAUAAACACCUACAGUUUCUGGAUAGUCACAUACGUGGCAAUAGGCACAAUAUCAAGCGCCUACGGUCUAGCAAUAAUAGGCACAACAGUCGGCCAACCAAACUUCUACAAAUACUUCAACCUAGCCCCACAAGGCACACAAGGAUAUGACCACACAACGAACAUAAUCGGCGCGCUCAACGGAGUAAACUCAGCCGGUGCAAUAAUAGGCUGUAUAUUCCAAGCCUGGGCCGGCGACUACUUCGGUCGAAAAUGGACCAUGCAGUUUGGACUCGUGGUUCUGAUCAUUGGCGGUGCAUUGUGCGCAGGCACAGUCGAUAUCGCGAUGUUCAUCGUUGCGCGUCUGGUUGCGGGCAUCGGAUCAGGUGCGCUGGCUUGUAUUGUACCCACUUACCAAGCUGAGAUCGCGACUGCCGAGACGAGGGGUGCGAUGGUUGCUAUCACGGGGAUUAUGUAUGCGGUUGGGUAUUCGAUUGCGGCCUGGCUUGGGUAUGCGUGUUAUCAUAUUAGUGAGAGCGAUUCAGCGGUUCAGUUCUCUUGGAGAUUUCCUUUGGCUGUUCAGGUUCUCUUCCCCCUUAUUGUCCUGGUUGGGAGUCCGUUUGUUCCUGAGUCGCCGAGGUGGUUGUUGCAGCAGGGAUAUCGAGAGAAAGCGCUGUCUGUUGUUUCGCGUUUACAGCGGGAUAUCGUUAACGCGAGACAGGAGUUCUUUUUAAUUGAGAAGCAGUUUGAACUUGAUCGGUCAAUUCAGACGAGGUGGUUUGAGAUCUUGAGGACUCCUGCUAAUCGGCGACGGGCGUUUGUGGCGUGUGCGUUGAUGUGGGGGGAUCAGUUUCUGGGGAUUUUCAUCAUUACGAAUUAUGGUGUUUUAAUCUAUGAGAGUAUUGGAUUUCAGGACCCGGUGCCGCUUUUGCUUUAUGCGUGCUGGGCCAGUUUCACCCUGAUUGGAAAUACGUGGACGGCACUCUACGUCGACCGAUAUGGACGCCGGAAAUUCCUGCUGAUUGGUUCCAUUGGCUGUGUUGGCUGUCUGAUAUUUUUGUGUGCGCUUUGUGCCCAAUAUCUUGGAACAGACAACACAGCUGGGCUGCACGCUGCCGUCUUUUUCGUCUUCUUCUAUUGUUUCUGGUGGUGUUUCUUUAUGGAUGCUACGCAGUACAUCUACAUUUCCGAGAUAUUCCCGAACCACUUGCGGACUCAAGGUGUAGCGUUGGGUAUUGCAUUCUUCUACCUUGCAUCAGAAGUUACCUUGGUCGCUGCACCUGUAGGUCUAGCCAAGAUUGGCUGGAAGUUCUACUUAGUGCUGAUCGUCCCGUCCCUUUUCUAUAUCGGAGUGAUUUAUCUUUUCUUCCCCGAAACGAAGGGACGGGCUCUCGAGGAGAUUGGUGCUUUGUUUGGCGACGAUGCUCAUGUUGCCGUUCACUGGUACGAUGCGACGGAGGAGGAACGCGAGAAAAUGGCCGAGGAGGCUCUUCGAGGACUUCCUCAGGCUGAAAGUUCUGAGGACAAGGUCCAUUCGUCUCACCAUGAUUUCGCAGCAUGA